CGAAUAUUUUACAAUUUUAUUGUUUACUUAAUGAUAUUAUUCCAGAGUUCGGCAAAAACUAGUAGUAUAUAUCAUUAGUAGCAUUUAAACCUGAUUUAAACAUGGCCGGCGAUACGUUUGAAUCAUGGAAGAACCAGUGUCUUAGUAAGUGUGAUUUCAGCAAGAAGGGCAGUGUGGAUGACGAUAUUUGUCAUAUUGUCUCCUUUAUCAACAGCCACGAUCGGUAUUUCACGACAAGCUCUUGCUCCGGAAGAAUCAUCCUUUUUGACGGGGCAUGGGACUGCCAAGUGCAAAAGCGAAACUGCUCCUGGUUAUUUGUUACCCAUCAGAAGUGCCAAAGUGAAGAUGUGUUUUGUGUGUUUCUAAAACAGCUUACAAGUCUGGAGAAAUCUGUUGGAGAUGCCACUUUGAAGUUUGAGCCUUUUGUCCUUCACGUUCAGUGUAAAAAGCUUGAAGAUGCACAGCUUCUGCAUACUGUUGCAGUAAACUCAGGCUUUAGGAAUUCUGGUAUAACUGUGGGAAAGAAAGGCAAGAUCAUCAUGGCAGUACGCAGCACACAUUGUCUUGAGGUUCCUGUCAGCCACAGAGGAACAGUCCUCAUCACUGACCAAUAUCUUGAUUUCCUUGUUGGAGUUUCUAACCAGAAGAUGGAAGAAAAUCUUAAAAGAAUAGAGAGGUUCUAUGAGUGCUUAAAAACUGCCCUACAACCUCAAGAACAGAAUUGUAUUUUAAAGGAAGCAGCCGACAAGAAACCUAUUUACAGACGGAGAAGGAGAAGGCCACAGGAUGAUUCUGUGACAGACUGUUGCCAGAGCGUCAAUGAUCAUAAUGAAAACAGUGAAGAGGAAACUGUCUGUGAUCUACUGUUUUUAUGAUAGGAAACAGUUUCAAACCCACUUCCUUAAAGUAACCUUUUUGAUAAGAGGUGUCUGCUUCCUAAAUAUCUCUAUUUCAUAUUUCUCAUUAUUUUGUGGAGACUUGGUGAAUCGGUUUUAGUUUAACAUGCUGCUACUUCAAACCUUUUGAAUGUGUAAACCUUAAUGCUUUUGUUCAUGCAGAAGUAAGAGACUGUUCAGCAUUGUCCCUAACAGUGAUGUAGAAAUCAACCAUGUUAUUUAUCUCUGACAAUCAGUUUGUCUAAUAUCAUUGUGAAAACGUUGUGUAGUUUGGAGCACAUUUCCACUGGAUUACUGUUGGGGUCUAGUCCUGCAAUGCCUCAUUUGGGUCUUGGCUCAUUAACUACAUCUGCUUCAUUUUGCUUUUGAUUUCUAAUUUUCAGACAUAAUUGAAGAAAUAAUUCAGUUGUAUUGAUCAGCAAAGCAUCUUUCAGCUCUAAUAAAAGUAUUUUUAUUAAAAGCA